AUGCAAGAGUUCGACUACCACAUUGAUUACAUCAAGGGAAAGCAGAAUACAGUAGCUGAUGCAUUAUCGAGACAGUACCAGGAAGUGCACCAGACAUCAGCCAGUGUUGUGAAACAGUUGAUGGCAUUUACACUAGUAAAGGCGGAUGAAAAUAUUCUCAAAAGCCUUGAACGAGAGUACAGAAAGGACCCCGAUUUCAAGAAUGCGUUUGAAACCCCAACUGCUCCGUUCAGUAAGAACAAAAACCGCCUUUACUUUGAGAAUAGGCUCUGUAUUCCGAAAGGAAAGAUCAGAGAAAUCGUGUUGCACGACAAUCACAAAUCUCUCUUUGGUGCACAUCGAGGAUUCAAAAAGACCUUACAAUAUGUCAGGAGACAUUUUUAUUGGCCUAGCAUGAACAAAGAACUACACGAAUACAUCAAGACAUUCCCAAAGUGUCAAGAAGCCAAAAGCCUAACCCAGAACAAACUGGGAAAAUUCAGACCAUUUCCGCCACCACUAAAGAAAUGGGAACAGAUAUCUAUGGACUUCAUAUUCGACCUCCCGAGGACGAAUACGAACAAAACUGCUAUACUUGUUGUUGUGGACAAACUCUCGAAACACAUGCAUUUUGUUCCAAUUGAAUCAAACCAUACUGCCAAAGAUACAGCAGAGGUGUUCUACAACGAGAUAUACAAACAUCACGGUCUUCCAAGAAAGAUAAUAUCAGACCGUGACACAAGAUUCACAAAUGGACAAUCAGAAAGGGCAUUCAGAACAUUGCAAGAAAUGCUACGUUGCUUUGUUAGCUAUACGCAAAGAGACUGGAGUAAACACCUACCAGGACUCGAGUUUGCGUACAACAAUCACAUAAGUGACACAACUAAACAAACUCCUUUUUUCCUAGAGUAUGGCAAGCACCCACUCUCUAACAUAAGAAGAGCUAAUGAAAUAGCAAAGCUGUCCAUCACAGCUUCGAACGAACGAAACGCCCAACAAGUCAACAAACACAGAAGAGAUCAUUCAUUUCACGUAGGAGACCAAGUAAUGCUCUCGACGAAGAACUUACCACUCAAGACAGGAAGAAGCAAAAAGUUAUCACCGAAGUACAUUGGACCAUUCGAAGUCAUCGACAUCCUGGCGUCUGGAAACGCAUACAAGUUGCAACUACCAGAGAAAUAUCAAAACCUUCAUCCUACAUUCCACAUAUCUCUUCUCAAGCCAUACUACAAUGAUCAACAUAGAAGAACUAUCGGUCGCGAGUCUGCAUUUCAGACCGAAGACAAGAUGCCGCCUACAAUUGACAUCAUUUCCCACCGCAACACUCAAGACUCUAUCGAUUUCUUAGUAUCAGAAAACUCAGGAAACAUACUUCAAGACAAAUGGAUUGACGAACAAGACCUUCCAAGCCACAAGCCUUCUAUUCAACGUUACUUCGACUCCAUCACCUACUACCCACCUCCAAGCUUAUUCGAGGACGAAUAA